CUCUUUCAACAAGGUCACACAAGUAUUCAACUAAUAACAAACUAUACCGAUAAACAUCACCGUUAUUACGAGCUUAUGAUCAUCAUCUGCAUUUAAUGAACAUUUUUUAAAGUCGUACCAGCAACAAUUAUGAAGUGUUUCACAAUGUGCUUAGUCUCUUUCUUGCUUCUAUUUGGCUUCUGGUUUCAGAGUGUGUCAUCAAGAAAUUUAUCUCGGAGUAACAUACAGCAAAUAGGCUUGCCACCAAGAGGUUGGAAUUCCUAUGAUGCAUUUUCCUGGAUAAUUUCUGAACAAGAAUUCUUACAGAAUGCUCAAAUUGUUUCUCAGCGUCUCCGUGUGUAUGGAUAUGAGUAUGUUGUCGUCGAUUACCUCUGGUAUAGGAAGAAUGUCCCGGGUGCUAAUAUGAAUUCUCUUGGAUUCGACGUGAUUGAUCAAUGGGGAAGGAUGGUCCCUGAUCCAGUCAGGUGGCCUUCUUCCAAUGGUGGAAAUGGAUUCAGUGAAGUAGCUAAGAAAGUGCAUAGCUUAGGUUUAAAGUUUGGAAUUCAUAUUAUGGCAGGGAUUAGCACACAAGCUGUGAAUGCAAACACCCCUAUCCUAGAUACAGCAACGGGUGCUGCUUAUCAAGAACUUGGUCGAGUAUGGUAUGCAAAAGACAUAGCAAUCCAACAAAGGCGUUGUUCAUGGAUGUCUAAUGGUUUCAUGAGUGUAAAUACAAGGUUAGGAGCAGGGAGAGCUUUUUUGAGAUCUCUUCAUGAGCAGUAUGCUGCUUGGGGUGUUGAUCUUGUGAAACAUGAUUGUGUGUUUGGCGAGAACUUUGAUUUAAAUGAGAUAACCUAUGUAUCUGAGGUUCUCAGCAAGAUUAAUCGUCCCUUUGUGUAUUCUUUAUCUCCUGGAACCAGCGUGACACCAGCCAUGGCCAAGCAUGUCAGUGGACUAGUCAACAUGUAUCGCAUAACAGGAGAUGACUGGGAUACAUGGCAGGAUGUAGCGGCUCAUUUUGAUAUAUCAAGGGACAUGGCUGCAGCUAAUUUGAUAGGAGCAAAAGGUUUAAGGGGAAGUUCCUGGCCUGACAUGGACAUGCUACCAUUUGGAUGGUUAACUGACCCAGGUUCAAAUGAAGGUCCACACAGGUAUAGUAAGUUGAAUCUAGAAGAGAAAAGGACACAGAUGACUCUGUGGGCUUUUGCAAAAUCUCCUCUUAUGUAUGGAGGCGAUGUGCGGAGGAUCGAUCCUGCCACAUAUGAAAUUAUGACGAAUCCGACCCUACUAGAGAUUAAUCAUUUCAGCUCCAAUAAUAUAGAGUUUCCUUAUGUCACGAGCUCGAAGAACUUGAAAAAUGAAUAUCAGCAACGUAUAGGGAAAAUGAAUUCUAUGAAAGGAGAGAAACAGAUACAUUCGUUAGGCCUCACUGGCUGCGCAGAAUCAAAAGCAAUUGGUUGGACUACUGGAAAUCAAAGUCUUAACCGAGAUCUUGAAAGAAUCUGUUGGAAAGGGAGUGCAGAAAACUUGCAUCAGAACCCUUUCUGCGUACACAAAAGAGAACUUCCAUUGAGAUUAGAUGGAGAGAGUAUGUAUCAUGAGGACUAUCGCGGGAAACAUCAUUUGGUUGCAACCAACCAAAUGAGAGUUUGCUUAGAUGGUUCUACAAAACGAAAAGAUACUUCCAAAGAUUUGAAGAGAGCCACAUUUUCUCCUUGCAGAUUGGACUCAAAUCAGAUUUGGGAGCUACACUCCAAUGGGACCAUGGUAAAUAGUUACUCAGGACUGUGUGUAACAGUAAAGUAUUUAGAAGCAAAUGUAGUAUCGGGUGGGAUUCGCUCUUGGAUUGCAACGGGGAGAAACGGAGAAGUGUAUUUGGCUUUCUUCAAUCUAAAUGAACAGAAGACACCAGUAUACGCAAAGACAUCAGAUUUGGCUAAGGUUUUCCCUGGCAGACCAAUCAAUUUCUGUCAAGGUAAAGAAGUGUGGAGUGGAAAGAACGUUGCAACAACGCAAGGGACGAUAUUCAUGGAUUUGGAAGUUCAUGGAUGUUCACUAUUUGUUCUACAUUGCAAGUAGUUUGGCUUCAAAUUAUUCAUAUAUUAUUACAAAGGAAAAUUUUGAACCUCAUUGUUGAGCUUUGUUUGAGAAUUGAGAAGUGAGGUGCGUAAGUGUUGCAUCCCACCAUGCUGUAUACGAGUUACGUAGGUAACAAGUUGUGUUAAUAGCCUCGUGUUUUUUCCAACGUAUGUGAUAGGUAGGAACUUUUUUGUAAUUGGAAGAACACGUUUCAUUCUUGUUUCAAAGUGUUGUUGCUUUAAUGCUUAAUGACAAGAGACUGAACAUAGUACCGAAA